CUUAUCUAAGAAAUAAUCAUCAUCUCACCUAAACACAAAUUUUAGCAGUCCUUAUAUCAGAGGGGUCAGGCCGUAUUUUAAUUUUUUUAAAUAUACCCGGGCCGGGCUGUGGUGCCUAUGCAGGUCUCUGCCUUAUAUACUAUUUGUGUGUCCUUAUUGAGCUUUAUAUAAAAGGUUUGAAAAUAAAUUUUAAUUAUAAUAUUUUUAAAAAACACAAAUUUUAGCUGUCCAUAUAUACUAUUUGGGUCUCCUUAUUAAGCUUUAUAUACAAGGUUGCAAAUAAAUUCAACAGAAAUCAGUUGUUAUAAAGAUAAAUGGCAUUAUAUCUAAAUGCAACAUUUAAUUCUAUUGACACUUUAAAAAAGUCAAUAGAUAUAUAUGAAAAGGAAAAUCUAAUAAAUAUAUCCAUAUAUAAAUCAGAACUGUUGAAGUAUCCAUGUAGCAUAGAGUUAAUUAAACAAUUUAAAUAUCAAAGAAUAUUUUAUGUCUGUAAAUAUUCUUUGAAAAAGAGGUCUCGUUCAACGGGAUUAAGGAAGACAUCUAGCUUCCGUAAAGAGUGUACAUUCAACUUUACGGUUAUAUACAAGUUAGAUCCUAUCGUUGGGCCUCAUUUAGUCAUCGUGAAAUUUAUGGAAGAACAUAAAAAUCAUGAUCUAAAUAAAAACAUAUAUAUGCUCCUACCCAAACAAAGAAAGUUGUCUCCAAUCAAAAAACAGAUUGUCGAGCAAGCUCUAACCUUCAAGGCAAACAAAGUUAAAAUUCAGGAUUAUAUUCUGAAGACAGGACAAAUGGUGAUGCUGAGAGACAUUCACAAUCUUUCAGCAAACCUAAACAAACCAUCUACCAACAUGUUGAUCGAUGUGGUCAAUCAAUUAAGAGAGGACAAAGAUGCCAUUGUAGAAAUUCACGAAGAAAACAAUGAGCUGAUGGGCAUCUUUUAUCAGGACAUAGCUAUGCGACAUUUUGUAAAAUGCUAUCCCGAGGUCCUGUUUAUAGAUGCAACCUAUAAACUGAAUAAUCUUGGCAUGCCUUUAUUUAUCUUAAUGGUAAUUGAUGGAGAUGGUCAAUCACAAAUAGCAGCUUUGUGGUUAGUUAAAGGAGAAACAUACAAAUGUGUAAAAACAAUGUGUGAUAUUUUUGGGAGAUAUAAUAUCAAAGAUAAUAUUCAAGUGAUAAUAGGAGACAAAGAUUUUGCAGACAGGCAGGCGUUGUAUGAAAGUUUUCCAAAGGCAGAAAUACACAUUUGUAUUUUCCAUGUUAUGCGAAGUUUUAAACGAGAGAUCAGUACUGGUAAGCGUGAUAUAGCAGAGCAAGAUGUAAAGCUGGUUCUUGAUAUUCUACAGAGUUUAGUAUAUGCUCAAUCACAGGAGCAUUAUGAUUUACUUUAUUUAAAACUUGUGAAUUUAAAUCUUCCAAAAGUUAUGGCAUAUUAUAAUAAUAAUUGGCAUAAUAUAAAAAACGAGUGGGUUAUUGGGCUAAGAUCAUGUGUUCCACAUUUUUUUAACUCGACAAAUAACCGAGUUGAGUCAAUGAAUCAAAAGUUCAAAGCGGUAAUAACAAAAUUUUCAACCCUCAAAGGGCUAUUUAAGGAUGUAAUUUCUAUAGUUAACUCAAUGGCAUUUGAAAAAGAUUAUAGAAGCAUUAUGAGCAAUGAAAAAAGCUCAUUAUUUCCUUAUAGUCUUUUAUCAGCUGAGAGCAAAUAUAGAAAUUUGCUGACCUAUGCCUUUAAAAAUAUACUCAAUGAAAUAAAUCUUAGUAAUUCAAUCAGCAUACCGGUAUUAGCCAAUGACAUGUUCACAGCCAUAAAAAUCAAUGAUUUAGGUAAUAUUUACAAUGUAUCUAUGGAUAAGUGCUCUUGUGGUUAUCUUACCACAAUGCUUUUACCAUGCCGCCAUCUAAUGGCAUUAAGGGCUGCAUAUAAUAUGGAUAAAUACUAUCCUGAACUUUGUAAUGUGAGAUGGACUAGGAAUUAUUCAAAGAAAUGCAGUCUUGAACAACCUCAAACGUAUACUACAGACAUAUCAAUUACAUCGUUAGUAUGUAUGAAUACAAAAAAAAAUUAUCACAGCAGCAAAAAUAUAACAAGAUCUUAAAAUCAUUUGUACCAAAAGCUGCUUAUAUAUCUAAUCUACCCCAAGACAAUUUUGACUUUGUAUUUGACCAAGUUGAAAAAAUGGAUGAUUGUUUUAGUGAUGGAAAAUUAUUCUUCCUCAUACCA